AUAAUCAGACGUGUCAAAUUUUUGUUAAAUCGGCCUUAAUAACGCUUUCAUAUGCGUCAUAACAUUUGAUAUUAUAAAUGAAACUGUCCGUAUCCAUGUAUUGAAUUUUACAUUUUUCGGGACCCAAAUUUGGAAGCAUGUAAUUAUAAUGAAACUCGUACAUGGUCGUUUUCGACAAAUCCAAUAUGGACAUUCCAAUAUAAAGUGGCUUAUUAAAGCAAAGUUCCGAUUUUUUUAAUUCUAUAAGCAACAAAUUGUUAUCAAGUAUGGUUCUACUGUGAAAUCUAGGACUAGAAAUUAAAUUUUUCGCACCGUAGCGACCAUCCCACGCUUUAACAAAUUUAACAAUACGAUGCUUGCGAAUGUUUUCCAUUGUUUUACCGUAAGCGGCAUUAUUAAACAAUUUGUAUAAAUUUAUACCAAAUUUUGUCUUUGCUUGGGUUCUUAAUUUAUUAUUAUGAUCGAUAUAACAUUUCAACCAACGAGAUUGGUUAAAUUUUAAUAUUUUGUGAAUUUUCUUUAGUACGAGACCGUUUUUGAGAGCCUGUUUUAAAUUGCGAUAGUGUAUGACGUAUUUUUCUUUAUUAUACAAAGUAGUCAUUAGUUUUGGUAACUUUGAAUUGGGGGGCACUCGAUGUUCGGCACAAAAUGGAAAAUCUCUAUGUGUGUCAUGUAAUUUCUGCGGGUAUUCCAGGUCUACCUCUAGGAUAUAUCCUUGGGAAGAUUCAUCUGGAAUGUUCAUGACAGUAAAUGAAUCAAUCUCUUGAUGAGACAUCCAGUCGAAUCCUCCGUAAGGAAGAGGCUCGCACAUGGCCUUGCCAUAGAGGUUAUUGACGUCAAAGUACAUGAUAUAGGAAUCAUCCCUGGAUGAAUCGUAGUUGGGCAUAUAUUUAUUGUUGGCCUCCGCAUAUCUACCAACACACACCGAAAUUCCACCUCGUAUAGCCCGCUCGAUAAUCAUAAUUUGGUCAAUGUCGCACAACGAAGGAUGAUCCGUUACCCAUUUCAAAUUUAUUAAUGUUAAUCUCUAAAUAAAUAAUAUUAUUUAAAGCCCACCCGGAAUCACGUUCCUGAAACUCUGACAUUUGAUUUAAAAUUUUAUCUUGCACAUUUUCAACAAACCAAUCAUUCAAUUCUGUUCCUAAAUCAACUACAGCAUUUCCGGUACUCAGAUAUUUAACAUCAACUUCGCCUUGGACAUCAUUUUUUGCCUUAAUAAAUUCACCGCAAAAUGUGGUAUUUACUUUCAGCAAUAAAAAUUUCUUUAAAAUUUGACUAAUUUUUUGUUGAAAUAUUGGACGAGAAUCGUUUAAAAAUUGAAUUAAAUCUUUAUGAAGUAAAUUAAUUAUGACACCAGUCUGAACUCUUCCCUGGAAACACGACGCUACCGAUUCCCAUACAACCAUUUCAUUUGUGUUUGUCUCGCGGCUACUACUUUGUAAUCCCAAUCCAAAAUGCUUAUGUUGAUAAUUAAGAAUAAUUUUUCUAAUAGCUUUCAGAUGUUGAAUUGUAGUUUGUAAUUUUCUUUUUAACCCAAUAGAUAAAUCCUUUUCGUUAGAAACGAUUUGGUUGCAAGAUUCAAUAUUUUUACUUAGUCUCCUAAGCCACACAUCACUAUCUCUAAGAGUGAACUUGUCGGAAAUAUGCUUUUUUAAUUUUUGUAAGGUUAAAAUUAAGAUUUGCGCUCUAUGAAUGAUCUGCUUUACGCGCAUCGUGGUUUAUUAAAUAUAUAACAGUAAAUAAGACUUACCCUGUAUAAUAUGUUGAUUAAUUUUGAAUUAUUUUGAAUUUCUUUAAAGAGUUGGGCUUUCCAAUAUCUUUGGAUCCCUCGUAGACCAGUUUGUACUGCCCCGACGCAAAGUGUUCUAGUCUCGGACGGAAAGCUUCUGUCACGCGAGUAGGAAGAAAUACUACGGAAUUUUCUAAUUGCAGCAACACGGAAUUGCCAAAUUUUGUAUUAACAAUUUUGGCUCUAGUAAUUUUAAACGGAACGCCUAUCGGCAAUUCAUGCAGUUUGACAAUCGGCUGCUCAAAAUCACCUUCUGCAAGACAGGUUUGAUUCAGUUGACUUAAGUCCAUCUAUAAAUUAUUAUUAAUUAUUUUAUCUCAAAAUAAAAAAAAUAAAAAAAACUUACGCUUAAGAUUGGCUGCUAUUCUAUUUGCGGUUACGGGUUGAGAGUACUAAGAUGAUCUUUAGGACCUUUAUAAAAUAAUAACAAAUGUUAAAGAAUUAAAAUAAAACAAUAAAAAAGGUACUUACUGCUUUUUUGUACGAACACCAAACCACUAAGUUAGCUUCCACGUUGCACGAAUAAUACCAAAAACAACUACUGACAAAACAGAGAAAAAUGAGAUGUAUUUAUACGGUGCGAGAAUACUUUCUAAAAGUUAACAAACGAAGACACCUCCACAUGCGUUGCAACAAAUUUUUCCCAUUACGUUAAUCCCACGGAGCAAAUAUAAAGGGGGCAAUUAAUUAUUAUUCUCAACAAGCAAAACAACUCGACAUUUAGACUCGGCGCGUUAUGAAAUUCCACAUCCCAUACGGAGAUUGUAAAAAAUGAAAGCAAGUUGGCCUUGAUCUUUUGCGGCAACAUACGUUCGUCCAACGUCCGAAGCGGUUGCGUUCCCGUGUGAAAGCGUGUUGACCCUGAGACUCCUAUCUGCACGGUUGUCUGGCGACAACAUCGCGUCUAUUCAAAUCGGCGUUGGUGCUUGUGGGUUGAAGACCUUUCGACUUUUAAUUCAACCAUGGAAGGAGUGCAUGUGUAUAAAUACGUUGCAUGUGUAUUAUAGACUAUAUUCAGUGCAAUGAAUACAGAAGUGCGAUGUCCAUUUCCCUACGACCCUACAACUGAAAAAAUCGCGGUUUGUCCGUAUGACAAGUCGCAUAUUAUGUUGGCGCAUCGCUUAGGGCGUCACAUAUUCAAAUCACACAAAGAGUACCGGGGGUUAGAAUUCCCGGUACGACAUGAAACGACAAGGGAACAUCACCAGCAGCAGGAGCAACCCGGUGGAUCAAAAGAAGAGCAGCAGGAGUACCCGGGUGGGUGGUCGACGGAGUGGGACGGCGAGGAGUGCACUUCGUAUUUAGAUUUCCUCCGGGAACGGGAAGAAGAACAACGCAAGGAACAGGAACAAUGGGAUGGUCGACUGAAUCGACAUAAAAAGAAGAAGAAACUCCUCGCCAGACCAAUUUUAUAAAUAAAAUAAAAUAAAAUGUAUUAAAAUUCAAGUUUAUUUAAUUAUCCUCCCGAUCCACCGCGUCACCGCGCCGCACCGUCACCGCCCUCUACCGGGGGGGCCUACGACGGUCGGAGCGCGCGACAUCUAGCAGCGACGGGCGGAACCGGGGCAAAACAGGACGCUACACAAGCUGGCGACAUCUAGCAGCGACGGGCGGAACCGGGGCAAAACAGGACGCUACACAAGC